CAGCAGCCACUGGCUGACUCUGUCCUGUGGAUGCUUCAUAGACCCCUGAACUUGAAAGCCAUGUUCAAGAAGAAGAUCCUGAGAGGGACACGGAGUGUUGGGAACCAAGAACACUCUAAGUGUUAAACUCUAGGAGGCCAGAACCAGGAACAGAAGUCUUGUGGACGUGCAAAGUGUCAUUCAGCAGUUCCAGGAGGGCCCGCCACUAAGCCACCAUGGUCCUCGGCUGGCUACUGCUCCUGGUGAUGGCUCUGCCCCUGAUCAUGACAGGUGCCACGGACUGCAUCUUCUGUGAUCUGACCAAGUCCUCCAACUACCCUGGCAUCCCCAUGACCUGUGGCGAUAACAAGGAGUGCUUCAUGGACGAAGGGAAGGUACCCAGCCUCAGCCCUGUCCUCAACAAAGGCACCAUGAAAAUCAGUUCAUAUGGUCACCUUGAAGAGCCUGUCACCUACCAGGGCAUCACCUACAGCCUCACCUCCACCUACAACUAUGGUGAACUGUGUAACAGGGCCCCCAUCCCCGCAGGCAGCCUGAAGGCGGGGGCCACCUGCCUGGGCGUGCUGCUGCUGCUUCAGUGACUGUGACCAACAUGGACGGCAGGGCCUGGGACUGGUCUCAGGGUUCCCCUGCUCCUUGUGCCUCCUGCCCUUUCCCCUCCCCCUUCCCCCUUAAAUGGCCAGAAGCCCUAGACAAAAAAUAAAAUGAUAAUGAUAAA